AUGACAUCUUCCCAGACUACCUACCCUGGAAUGCAUGGCAUUCCGAAUCCUUACCCACCAACAAGUUCCAUGGCUCUUCAUCCUCAACAACCUCUGGGUUUUUUCAAUGUAAGAAACCAAGUACAGACUGGGCAAGUUUCCUUCAUUACAUCUCCAGGAAUCUUCCCUAACAACCAGCUGGGUCGAGAAAGUGUGCCAACGGUAAAUCCAGCUCCAGGAGCAGCAACAAGCAAAGAUGCAGCAAUGGCACUUGGGGGAGUCCAAAUCACAAUUGGAUUGAUGCACAUCGGCUUCGGAGUUGUUCUCGGGUUGCUGAGCAACUAUUACUAUAUGACUUGGGCAUUUUCCUCUAUUGCUUUUAUUGGUGGAUAUCCAUUCUGGGGUGGAGUCUUUUUCAUCGCUUCUGGCUCGCUCUCCAUAUCAGCAUUCAAGAGGUUAUCUCACUGUCUGGUGAAGAGCACCCUGAUAAUAAACAUUUUUAGCACCAUUUUUGCCUUUGUUGGAGUGCUUCUGUUUCUGUGUGAUCUGAACAUCAAUGGCUACAACUAUCAAGACUACUGGAUGGUGCUUUCCGGGAGAGGAAUUGCAGGUGUACUGGCAAUAUUUUCCUUGUUGGAAUUCAGCAUAGCGUGGGCCACAGCCUACUUUGCAUACCAAACUAUCCUCCAAGGCAACAGAUCUGUCCUGGUUGCUCCAACUGUGCAUGUGGCCAACCCCUUGAUGCAAGAGCCCUCCCCAGCUCCGCCUAUAUAUAGCAACAUUUCAGAUUAUGCUCCCACGCAAUAA